UGGGGGGGGAAGAGGUGAGUAUAUAAGCCUUGCUGUCAGGAAUUAGGAAAUAUUCCUCAGGAGAAAGUACACAGAGAGAUACUUCCAAGACUCCUUACUCCACAAUUAUCUUUCACACAGACAGGCCGAUAAACAAGCCCCCAGGAUGAGGAGCCUUCUUCAGUUUCUGGCACUCUGUGCUAUGGUCUCUUUCUGUGUCUGCUAUGAAUCUCAUGAAAGCACAGAAUCCAUUGAAGAUGUGUUCGUGCCUCCAAGAGAUGCCAACUCGUUCUUCUCGACACAGAGGGGCAACAUACACAACCUACCCAGAGGGAAUGGCUUCCCCAAUUUCAGAAGAAUGAGGAAGUCUCCAGUGGAGAUGCGUGCAGAGAUCUGUGAGGAAUACUCUCCCUGUCGCCAGUACGCCUAUAGCUCCGGCUAUGAGAAGGCCUUCAUGAGAUUCUUUGGCACCCAGAAUCAACGCCAGAGACCCCAGAGACCAGCUGGGACUCGUCGGUAUUAAACUCAAAGUGUCAGUCUGUCAAAGGCAGAAUCAUCAUUAUCAUUAUAAAUGCAUAAUUCUAUAUAUCACAUCUUUUAUAUAAUUUAUGUUUUUUUGUGGCCUCUUCUGGAUGUGAACCUAGAAAAAAAUCAUUUUAUAAAUACUGAAGCAUCCAGUGUGGCUCAAAGCUCACAACAACCCAUCAUUAUACCCAUGUAGAAAUUCAUGGCCCACCUCUUGUGUAAUCUCAGGAUAACUUUUAUCCUCUAUUAUCACACAUUCCCAGCAUUUAUGAGCUUUACGUGACAUGCGUGAGUGAAGUGUUUCUCUCACUGUUCACUAACCAUUUCUUACAUUAUCCGCCUACUUAUCCAGAUUAUUUCAAUUGCUUUGAAAAAAUAAAAUGAAACUCCCUUCA